AUGGAUGACCAGCCGAGUCUCGGCGGAGCUUUACGGAACCGCAACGUCAUGCUUAUUAUUUUGUUUUGUUUCCUGGACAACGCCUGCUUCAGCCUGUGGAGCGCGCAGCUCCUCCCCGUGCUCGUCCACAGGCUCGGCGGAGACCACGCCGUCGGGUGGUCUGCCGCCGCGUGCGGGAUGGCGCAAAUUGCAGGCGCUGCAGUGGUGGGUUACGCGGGCGAUAAACUCCCCCGCAUCGAAAGCAUUAGGUCCGCGUUUUGUUGUGGUAUUUUGGCGGUCGCUGCAACGCUGGUGGCGGUGCGUCUCCUGGUUUUGCCCGCGAUUUACAUCACGCAGGUCCUAUGGGGCGUGUACAUAGGCAUGGUGUCCACAAGCACGGAGGCGCUCUUCGCUGACAGCGUCCUCUCCGGGCAGCGGGCGUUCAUCUACAACGUUAAGUGGAUUGUACAGACGAUGUGCUACUGCGUCGGCUACACGGUGGCGCUGUUGAUGUUGCUGCAGAAGGGAAAUAACUGGUCGAUAGAAAGCAUUCAGCUUGUCAUGACGAUUGGACUCGCGGUACACCCUUUGGCACACGUUGUCCUCCUCCUGCUGCGGGACGAGGAUCUCCUAACCUACGACGCAGUCGGCGUGUACUCCCUCGUGAAGGAUCAGCAAAGACAGUGGCAGGAAGGGAUAGUGGAGGUGAAAGAGAACAACGAACGAGUGAAGGUAUUGGCCAGCUCGUUAGAAUCACCGCUACUUAACAAAAUAAAUUCAUUAACGGUGAAUUCGGGAAAAACCUCGCCUGGUCAUGGCAGGGGCGGCUACCAUGCGGGGUCACCCGGGGCCAAUCAAGGUGAGCCACAAUGUGGGGAAAAUGGAGUUUUUUCCGGUUCCAGCAACAGCAAUGGCAACACCUUGGAUGCGAGACGCUUUGGUGGUGUUUACGUCUCAAGUCAUCGUAUUUGGGUUUUGACUGCUUUGCCGUACGUGCUGUGUUUCACGGAAUUCUGGAUGGCGGUUGGCGCCGGCAUGACAGUGCAGUAUCUAACGAUUUUUCUAAUCAACACCUUCGGCAUCGCCCCCACGUGGUUGUUGACCUCAUACAUCAUUAUCUCAUGCAGCACUGCGCUGUGCUCCACGGUGCUGCGUUACGUGGGCGAGCACUUCGUGGGACGACUACCUGCUGUUAUUACUGUGCGUCUCAUAGGUACCACCUUCCUCGCCCUGCUGGCUAUCGUGGUUAGUAAGACGACACCUCUAGCCGUCGUCCUCACCUUCUUUAUAGCACGUAACGCGGCCAUGAACUCCACCAUGGGCAUCACGCGCAGUCUCAUCAUGGACUGCGUGCCAAAGUCCAGUCGUGCCAAAUGGUCCGCCUUUGAGAGUGUCUCGUCCCUCACAUGGGCGGGAAGUGCGGUGAUUGGCGGGUACAUUUCCGACGCCAAAGGCUAUCAGUACACGUUUUUCGUUACAUCCAUAAUUCACUACAUUGGCAUACUGAUACUUGUACCGGCUGCCAUUGCGACGCACGGCAUGGAGCGGCAUCUCUCUCAGGUAAAGCGCGAGGAGCAUAACUCUGAAUGA